UCAGGGCGCUACCAUUGGAAGAACUCUCAUAGGAGCGACCCGCUAUUGGUGGUUUGAGAAAUCAGUCUCGAAACAUGCUUCAGAGGCAAUCGGCGUGUAGGGGAUUACUGUAAUGUUGCUCAGUGUUUAGACUGAAGAAGUAGCCUUUUGUGAUACUUAAGUGUUUUAUACUUUUGAUUAAUUACCUCCCCCUCGCUAUUUACAUGUGACUUGUCUUAGUUGCAGUCAUGUCUUUUGUUUCAAAAGUGUUAAAACUCGUGGUGGUGCUCGGAGUACUAGCAUUGCUUGUGCUGUACAUACAGUACUGUUUGGGGAACAAACAGUAUGUGUUCAACAAGGACGAUGUUGCAAAGCUGGCCAAGCAAUAUGCAGGACUGGAUCAUGAGCUGGCUUUCUCCAAAGUUGUGGUUGAGUUGAGGAAGAAGUAUCCUGGCCACAUACUGCCAGAUGAGGACCUGCAAUGGGUAUUUGUAAAUGCUGGUGGUUGGAUGGGCUCCAUGUGUCUGCUCCAUGCUUCCCUCACGGAAUAUGUCUUGCUUUUUGGAACUGCAGUGGACACUGGCGGUCAUUCAGGUCGUUACUGGGCUGAAAUCUCUGACACCAUUAUCUCUGGUACUUUCAGGCAGUGGAAAGAAGGGACGACAAAAAGUGAAGUUUAUUAUCCAGGUGAUACUAUUGUGCAUGCAGUAGGUGAAGCUACAUCAGUCCAGUGGAGCUCUGGUACAUGGAUGGUGGAAUAUGGCCGAGGAUUCAUUCCUUCCACAUUAGGAUUUGCACUAGCUGAUACAGUCUUUAGCACUCAGGACUUCCUCACUUUGUUCUACACGGUUCGGGUUUAUGUAAAAGGAAUGUUGCUAGAAGCGAAUACAUUGCUAACUGAGACUGGGGUCUUUUAAUCUUAAUUCUGUGGUAAAAAUAAGUAUCUAGCAGACAGUGGUUUGCAGUGUGUAUGAUAAUUAUUGGAAUUCUUGGGAUCUGCGCAUUUUGUAGACAAACCUGGGCAGUCUAAUUGUUUUCAAGGGGAGUAUGAUGAACACCCUACUCUGCCACACAAUACAUUUAAAUACAAAUUAAGAAUGUUUACAACUUCAUUUUUUUUAAAUUUGAAGUUUUAGUUAAUUUAGUUAGUCAAUUAAAAAUGUUGAAUGUGGAGUAUCUGGCAUAUCCAAACCAUAAAACUGGGUGUAAAUAUGGUAAAAACCUGUACAGCAGGCCUCGUGAGCACAUAUUGUGUCACUUCACACACACUGGCUUGAACUCAGUUCAGCUAUAAGUUGUGUAUGUGGAAAUAUGUACUGUGUAUUUUCAUCUAAAAUUUAUACUUUGGAUAUGCAACAUACUUUAUUUUCUGGAGCCUGUGCAUUUCUGGGUUGCUUUAAUAACAUAACUGGUAACAUUGUUUACUAAUUUUAAUCAAUUGUAUUGCUGUCUGUAUUAGUAUACGUAAAAGUAUUACUUCACAGUAACAGUUUGACAGAUUUGUUCUACAUAAAUCAAAAUUGUAAUAUUUUACUCAUACAAUGACGCUAAUAAAAUAUUUUUUGUAUUA